UUAUUAUUAUCCACCCUUCUUUAUUCAGCUCCUUCCACUUCACAAGACAGCGACAACAGACGUAUCACGAAUAUCCUCUGGUACAAAUACCAAAUACCACAGAUCCGCUCUCAAUUACACUUUAUCUCACAAUGCCAACCUUGAAUCCUUCUUCAUCGACCGCUACCGGCAAGGCGACUCGUCCUGAUCAUUUGGUGCUACGACUGAUGACAGCGGACGACAAACAAGAGGUAGCGGGCCUCUUUGCAGAGACAUUCAAGCGUGAGCCCCUGGGCGAAUACAGCGGCGUCCAGCUAUCGGAAGGCAUGAGCAUUGCAGAGGCAUCUAUCCAGGACCCAGUCUCGUUCGUGGUCGAGGACACCAAGUUGGAGAGCCCCCAUCGAUUGGUUGCGUUCCGUACAAGCUGUGUCUACACGGCCGAGAAACUCGCAGCGAAGCGGAAAAACGUCGAGGAACACGGUUCUUCGAAUCCUGUCGAGGCGAUCUUGAAUCGGAUGGAGGAGCUCUGGUUAGCAAAGACGACAGUGUUCAAGUCGAAUCCGGAGGCAAAGGUGAUGAAGUUCAUUGCUUUGGGAGUCGAUUCGCGUUAUGAGGGACUGGGAUUGGCCAAGGAGCUGCUGAAUGCGGCGAUGGAUAAGGCGAAGGAGAUGAAGUGUGAUGCUAUCAUGGUGGUGGCAUCUGCGUUUGCGACGCAGCAUUUGUUCAAGAACCGAUUAGGAUUUGAGGAGAUGGGGUCAGUCCGCUACUCGGAUUUUGUAUGGAAGCAUGAAGGUAGUGAGGAGAGGCCGUUUGAGACACUGUUGCAGCCAGAGUUCUUGGAGGUGUUUGAGAAGAAGUUGACAAUGGAGAGUGCGUAGAGUGUUGACGAUAGAUGGAGCUUGUGAUAGACAAAUAAAUGUUUUAGAGCCGAACGGAU